CAAAUGUGGCGCAUAUCAACGCGGUGUGGCGAUUCGCGUGUGCGAGUGUGUGCUCUCUCAUUGCCAUUUUUGUGUGGAAAUAUUAAUGCAAUUUUUGCGGUGACCUAACCGUCUUGUAAACCCAGAGAAAGCCUACCUUCUAAAUACAGUUUUAUUCAAAAUGCCUUCCCUCGAGAAAGAAACAACUUCUUGGGCUGAUGACAUCGAUGAAAAUGAAGAGCCAGCACUUCCCCCUACUGAAGUCAAAUACCUUCCCAAUGGCACCAAAAUUGUGACAGAAUACAGAUUUAAUGAUGAUGACAAGAAAGAAAAGACGGUUACCACCAUUAAAGUGGAGAACCGCAAGGUCUCCAAAGAAGUCGCCAAGCGCAAGGUAUGGGCCAAAUUCGGCCAGUCCAAGGACGACAAGCCGGGCCCCAACACGGCCACCACCAUCAUGGCUGAGGAGGUCAGCAUGCAGUUCAUCACGUCCAAUGAAGAUGAGAAGGACGACAAUGAUGAUAUGCGAGCCAAGCUCAAGGAGCAGGGCAAGGGCCAGCUGCUCAAGUGUCGUUUCUGUAAGGGCGACCAUUGGACAUCACAGUGUCCAUACAAGGAGAUUGGAGGCCUGGAGGAGGUGAAACAGGAGGAGGAGGCCACCAGCACCAAAAUGUCCACCUCCACUGGCGGCAAGUACGUGCCGCCCUUCAUGAAGGAGGGCGCCAGGAGCGGCGGUGUCAGCAUGGCCAACUCACGGGGCAGAGACGACUACGCCACCAUCCGCGUCACCAACCUGUCUGAGAGCACCCGCGAGUCGGACCUCGAGGACCUGUUCCGCCCGUUCGGCCGGCUCUCCCGCACCUACCUGGCCAAGGACAAGACGACCGGCCUCUCCAAGGGAUUCGCCUUCAUCAGCUUCCACGAGCAGAAACACGCCGAGGAGGCGAUCCGCCAAAUCAACGGCUUCGGCUACGACCACCUUAUCCUCAAGGUGGAAUGGUCCAAACCGUCAGAGAAAUAGGAUCUUCUCAACCAAUGCGCGUCUUUUUACGUUUAAUGUAUAUGUAUCGACCUAAUUGGAAUCAAUACAGGUUUUUCGGGUGAA